GCAGCUCUGCCUCCUCAGAUCCUUCAGUUCCCCGAGGACAUGAAGAUCCUGGCAGGAGAGAAGGUGGAGAUCCUCUGUAGGUUCUCUGGAGCUCCGCCCAUCAACUGCACUUGGCUGAAGUUCAGGAAACCAAUCCAGGCCUCAGCUGAUAUCUCCAUAGACUCCAGUGACAGCAGCAGCAGAUUGACCAUCAGCAGCAGUCAGCAGGAACAUUGUGGAUGUUACACCAUCGAGCUGAGGAAUGCCGUCGGCCUCCGACAGGCCGCCCUCAACCUCACCAUCGUCGGUAAGUCUCUCCUUCAUACCGCUCUGCUUCAUGUACCUUAAGAUAUAUAUGUAUGUAUAUAUUAGGGGUGUA